AUGGCUACAAUGUCUACUGCUUCCUUCGGCAGAGAUGGCUCCAAGAGACGCCGCUUGAGCGUGUCAAUGCCUGAUGUCGGCUACGUAUCCGAUCCGGAUGGUGAUGUUCCUUUUCUAGUCCCUUCGGCUGCGAUGAGUGUGCCUACGGAAAUCCUCCAGCAGAUUUAUCGACUCCUCGGCCCUGUAGAUUAUAACUCCGCCCGUCACACGUGCCGAGCUUGGUUCUUCGCUUCUUACGACCGACGGCUGCUGGUACAAAUGCUUAAGCGUGGAGGUUGGUUGACCAGUGUGCUUCGGAUACUUGCCCGGCCUGACAUGUCUUCCGCCGAAGAUGAGGACCUGAGGAUCAUGAGCAAAUGGAUCUCCAGAGAAACCACGCUCUCGGACAUCUCUCGGAGUGGCUUUGUAGAAGUUGGUCAGACAGAUUUCAGUGGGCUUAUCCCUGGAUCGACUCCGAGGUCGCUCCAUGGCGCCAUAUCGUUUGCUACCAGCCUCUGCGGCCGAUUCCUGCUCGUCAUGAUUGAUCACAGAGCAUAUGUAUAUGAGCUCAACCACACGUGCUCUCCGGAGUACUUGGGAUGGUCUACCCCGGGGUCUGGGCGACAGGGGCUGAGACUGGGUUCUCUGCGGCCAGUGACCGUGAUCGUCUGUCCCGCACCCAUCAUUAGCUUCAGUAUGGAUACAUCGGCUGGUAGAAAUGCGAUAGCCUUUCUGCUAGAAGGCCGUGCUGGAGUGGUCCAAGACCUUUCGGCGGAAAAGCUGGGGGUUCGUGGAAGCAAUGGCGUAUUUUAUCACUCCGCAGGCUUUGAUUCUAGGACAUGGUCAGGGUCGAGCUCCGCAACCAGCUCUUCCGAAGGGUAUGACUGUAUUUGCCGCAUAUCACCCCCUUCACGACCCUUGCCGGCAGAGAAUGGUUCCAAGGCAGUGUACAGAUACAUCUGCCACCCCGAUGACCCACCUCGAUCCGUGGCAUUGUGCCCACAGCGGAGCUGUGUUGCCUUUGGGUGUGCCUCUGGUAUCGAGCUACAUUGGGUGGAUGCUCUGACGGGGCACGACCUGUCCAGAUGGUUUCCCGUUACCUCACCCAGCGACUUCCUAUACUUCCUCCCGCAUCGUCGAGGUAUUGACAGUGCAAAGAAGCUUCGGCUCAUCAGCUCUGCUGCCGGUAUUGGGCGCCCGAUGAACGAUGCAGCCCCAUACAUUCAUGGGUACAAUGAACCACCACUCGGAGUGAUUAGCACCUCGGUUGUGUCUGUAAGAGGGCCCAAUCGUGGGCGCCCAACUGCCCGGGAGGUGCAUACAAUAACAGCACGCGUUGACCAGCAGCGGCCUGUCAUUCGCAGCAGGGAUCUUCUGGGAAGAAUGAUGCCAGGACCAUCGCACGACACCCUGCUGAGGAAGGUGUCGGCAAGAAGUGCAGACCAUUACCGAGCUGUCCCUCUCAGUGACGGCUACCACGUUUUGUUCACAGAUCCCCGGACUGGUAACCUCUGCAUGGGAACUGACGCACCAGUCGGGUCAGUCACGCGCCUCCUCCGCAAAGUCUGGUUCGCGCCUCCGCCGAGAGCAGCAUCGCCAGUGCCACUACUCUAUACUGCUGGCUCCGAUGUACGGCACGGGGUUCGCAUCAUUGCCACAUUUUCACUCAUGCAAGAUGGGAAUAAGGAGGAGGGGGAGGGUGGAAACGGGAAGAGAGCCACUAGAGGGGGGAGAGUGGAGGAUAAGCAACUUAUUGUGUUCUACACAAUACCACCUGAUAUGUUUCAUGACAUCUCCCGUGCUGGGCUGAAGUCACAUCUGGCGGGUGGGACCAGACGGCUCCCGGAGGACUCAUUAGCUUCUGAAUGGGUCCAGUGGCGCGUGGAAGAGACAUAUCACGAGAUUGAUAUUUUUAGUGAUCCGUUCAGAGACAGCACUGUAUAUCCUCUGGAGAUCCGUGGACAAGUCGUGGCAGAGUGCAGCAACCUUGUGGAAAUUGCCCUGGACGCAAGGCUCGAGAUGAUAAUAUGGACAUUCAGCGCGGAAGGAUGGGCCCGGACGUGGGUCAUGGACACGGGCAGGGAUGAGCCCUGUAUCAAAUCUGUGGUCCAGCGCGACGGAAGCCUGCGUUAUCUCGACCAAGAUGGAGAUGUGACGAUGGCCGACACGGAAGGCGAGGUUACAUCGCACGACGACGACGACGAGUGUGCCUCUGGGUUCGACGGCGGCCCUUCGUCUCACUGGAUGAGUGCGCCGGCGGAACGGAUCAGCAGGUACGUGACGAGCCGGAGGGGAGACAGGAUGAGUGGCACGGUCAGCGUGGACUUGGCUGAGGAGGUUAAUGGGAUCUCUCGGGUCGACGUGGAGCUGAGGUGA